GUCUGGCGAACAGUUUCCAUCGCGUCAGGUUCUGAGACCAGAGGCGCAUUUUGCCAUUCGUGCCUAUUAGCGAUUAGCGUAGCCAGAAAGUGCCACUUAUGGAUAAGAGGGAGUGGUUGUACGUAUAAAUAUCAGUUCAGGAGACUCUGGAUCUCACCUAAGUAGGGGAGUUUCAAGCUAUUGAGAAGACCAGGGGCUAAGUGAAGUUAUCUGGGGCUUGGCUUUUUUUAAAGGAAGGAAGACUGACAUUGGGGCUAAAAUACUCGGGGCUAAAUUACUCGGGGCUAGGCUUAAAAUACAUAUAUAUAGCCCCGAGUGAUUGGAGCUAACAACGCCCAUGCACCUAAGUGUGGGGUCGUACGAGGGAGCAGCCCUGUAACCCUCAUGUUUGAUGGACUGAGGCAUUGCCUGGGGACAUGGGGGUGUGCAAAGAGGGUGCUGCUGGGUGACAUGGCCUACACGCUGGCCAGCGAGCCGGGAAAGGGGCCCGCAGUGGGCUCCCCGUACUGCGUCACCAAGGUGGAGCUGUCCGUCUCGGGCGCCAACCUCCUGGACCGAGAUGUCACGUCCAAGUCCGACCCCUUCUGCGUGCUCUUCCUGGAGGUGGACGGCAACUGGGUGGAGAUGGGCCGGACGGAGACAGCUGUGAACAACCUGAACCCAGUCUUCGGAGAGAAGUUCCAGGUGGACUAUCACUUCGAGGAGGUCCAAAAGCUCAAGUUUGCCUUGUUUGACGAGGACAAGUGUAGCAGCCAGCUGUACGAACACGACUUCCUGGGGGAGUUUACCUGCACGCUCGGGAUGAUUGUUUCUGGCAAGAAGCUGCAGCGGCCGCUGAUUCUGGCCAAUGGGAAGCCGGCAGGUAAAGGCACCAUCACGAUAACAGCUCAGGAGUUGUCAGACAACAGGAUAAUUACGCUGAGUUUUUGUGGGAGGAAACUGGACAAGAAGGAUUUCUUUGGUAAAUCGGAUCCUUAUUUAGAGUUCCACAAGCAGGGGGAGGACGGCAAGUGGAUGAUGGUGCACCGGACAGAGGUAAUCAAAAACACUUUGGAUCCAGUCUGGAAGUCCUUCACUAUGCCCCUCAUCUCGCUCUGCAAUGGGGAUGUAGAUAGGAGCAUCAAGGUUGUGUGCUAUGACUAUGAUAAUGACGGAGGACAUGACUUUAUUGGAGAAUUUUACACCACUGUCAGUAAAAUGAGCGAAGCCCAGAAUUCACAAGAGGUAGAGUUUGAAUGCAUAAAUCCAAAGAAACAGAAGAAGAAGAAGAGUUACAAAAAUUCUGGGAUCAUCAUUCUGAAGUCGUGCACGAUUGCGAGAGAUUACUCUUUCCUGGACUACAUCCUGGGAGGAUGCCAGCUCAUGUUCACUGUGGGCAUCGAUUUCACGGCCUCCAACGGGAACCCCUGCGAGCCCAUCUCCCUGCACUACAUCAACCCGAUGGGCAGCAACGAGUACCUGUCGGCCAUCUGGGCCGUGGGCCAGAUCAUCCAGGAUUAUGACACGGAUAAGAUGUUUCCUGCUCUGGGUUUCGGAGCCAAGCUUCCCCCUGACUGGAAGGUGUCACAUGAGUUUGCUAUCAACUUCGACCCCACCAACCCCUUCUGCUCGGGCGUGGAAGGGAUCGUCCAGGCCUACUCCGCCUGCCUGCCGCACCUCCGCUUCUACGGCCCCACCAAUUUCUCGCCCAUCAUAAACCACGUGGCGCGCUUUGCCUCUCAGGCCAUCCAGCAGGAGACAGCGGCGCAAUACUUCAUUCUGCUGAUCAUCACGGACGGCGUGAUCAGCGACAUGGACGAGACGCGGCACGCCAUCGUACAGGCCGCCAAGCUGCCCAUGUCCAUCAUCAUCGUGGGCGUGGGCAACGCCGACUUUGCUGCCAUGGAAUUCCUGGAUGGGGACAACAGUGUGCUGCGGUCCUACACGGGCGAGGAGGCUAUCCGGGACAUCGUGCAGUUUGUGCCCUUCCGUGAUUACCGCAACGCUCCAAAGGAAACUUUAGCCAAAACAGUGCUGGCAGAACUCCCACAGCAAGUGACACAGUAUUUCAAACAGAGAGACCUGGCGCCCAGGAACAGCACUUCAGACUGAGGACACUCCCCCCAGAACCAGCCUGCAUGCUGCCGUUUACAGCGAUUCACCAACAUGUCAACUGCAUGACAGUUUGUAUUCACCAUGUUCGUAACCUUAUUCCAAGACUCUUUUACGAUGAACUACCGAAAAAAUGAAAACAGUGAAUUGGACGUGGACCUCUGGAUUCACUGGGCUGGGAGACACCACAAGGCAGGAAAAAAAUGGCCAAAUGUACAUUUGUACUCAAGUUCUCUGUUUUAUUCUCGAGGUUCUUGGUUUCUGAGAUGGUCAUAUUAAUGUAUAUGUGAUGUUUAUAUAGUGAACUGCCGUCUGUGAAACAGUAAAUACCUGUCGUAUUCCGAUUUUAUUCAUUUUAUCUGUUAUUUCUGUUAUUUCUCAGGUCAAUAAACCUUAAAUAAUUCAGACCUGUGUUUUGAAGCUGAUCAGUGUCACAAAAUGUCAAUAAGGAGAAUAUUCCCGCAAAACCUUUUUACAUCGUGUUUAUUUAUUUUGCUUUUGUUCAUUUUUUUUAAUUUUGUUUAAAGUGCCAAAAUAUUUUUUUUUAUGUUUCAGUUUUCUCUUCUCUUUGAGUUUUUUUGUGUUGGGGUCCAAUCAAUAGAAAAUUCUCAUACAUGCAGGAUUCAAACAUAAAUGUCUGCUUGUGUAUGUGUCUGUUCAUUUGUCUGGUAACAGUGAAAAGAGCUACAAUGUAUCCAUUCUUUAAUGGGCAUAGGAAAGUGUUUUUAUGUUUUAAUAUGGACAUAGAAGUAAUAGGUAACUUUCUUAAAGUUUAUGUACAACUUGAUGUGCAAAUACCAAUACCUGGACCUAAAAAUCUGUACAUUCACUUUCAGUUUAGAUUUACAGUAAAAUACACAUUUUCCGAUCUAAAACAAAAAUGUAAGUUGUAUGUAUAAUAAAUAUUGCCAUAUAUUUGCAGAAAUUCUUAAUUAUGCAAAUCCAUUUAAGUAUUUAAAUGUUUGUUUUCCAUGUUAAAUUACAAAUCUACACAGAUCCCGCAGUACUUUUCUGUAUUUCUUCUGUGCCACUUGUGCUACAAAUUUCAUGUUAAUAUAGGCAGGUGUGAUUUUCAAAGUCCCGACCAAGGACUCUUUUGAUGAAUUCCAGUUCACCUGUUACCACAUACAGGUGUGGAACUAUAGGCGUCCGUUAUGCUAGAACAGCAACGUUUAUCGGGUAUCCUUGGUCUGUGAGAUCACCGUGUAUCGACCCUAUAUGCCACGUUAUUCUAGGUCGUUAGCUGUCAUUCUUGCUCUUGCUCGCUCUCGGAUGCACAACUCUGCCGUCUAUCCUAGCAGCUUAACCAUUUCUAAGCCCUCACACCUUUCACUGUUUUAAAACCUUUUGUUUUUUGCACUGAUAUACUUAUAAAUCUGUUUUUGUAGGA